UCUCUUUUAUCACGAUGGAAGUUGGAAGGACGAAGGCAAUAGCCCAACCCAAGUCUAACGAAACAACCCGCACGCCCGCAGCUGCAGAAAUGGACGCAACAAUCGACGUUUGAAUUUUCCAAAAUUCCAAUUCCCAAAACCCACCAAACAAUUCCAGUCCUCUUUCUCCCUUCUUUCCCCCCUCACUUCGAUCGAGGACCCAUUUUCUUUCCCCCUUUCUCCCAAACCCUAAUUUCAAACCCCCCCAAAUCUCUAUUCUUAUAUCAAUUCAAUUCAAUCCACACAUAUAUAGAUAUAUAGAGCCAGGUUGAAAGAGAAAGGAAGGAAAAUAUAUAGAGAGAAGGGUUGAUGGCGGCGACUAUAGAAGGACAAGAUAGGGUUCUUGCUGCAGCUCAACAGAUCGUUAAGAGUCUCAACACUUCCACAAAUGUUGACACUGAUGAUAUGCUUAUGAUCUUAUCUACCUUUGAUAAUCGCCUCUCUAAGCUCUCCAAUUUCAUGACUUCAUCAUCUUCCUCCACUCCUAACUCCGCCAAAGCUGCCGCCGCCGCUGCCGGAGGCGAUGAUUCCUUUGUGGAUCCUCGAUUCGAAGCUGCAGAGCAACUUAUCCUUCAUUGGAACUCCCCUCCCAACGCCGAUCCUGAUUCCACCUUCGAUUACCUCGCCGCCGUUGACGAGAUUAUUCAGAUGACUGACGAUCUGAAUCUUCAGCCGGAAAAUGAUCUCGUCAUGGACCGAGCUGAGGCUGCUCUUCAGCAUGCCAUGGCUCAUUUAGAAGAUGAGUUUCGCCAUAUUCUCAUUGGCAAUACUGUUCCUUUCGAUGCCGGCCGCCUCCACGAGUCCUCCUUCAUUCGCCGUUGUUCCAUCUCUUCAUCUGCUGUCGAAAUCCCUGAUUUUGAAACUGGUACUUUAUCCGAGGAUCAGGAGGAUGUUAACAGUGGAAGGUACAAUCAUGUCAAAGGGAAGAGCCUUGGAGGAGAUGAAUUCUCCCUUGAUUUGGUAUAUCCGGAUGCUAUUAUUGAUCUGAGAGAGAUUGCUAACCGUAUGAUUCGAUCCGGAUAUGAAAAAGAAUGUUGCCAAGUAUACUCUAGUGUUCGUAGAGAGGUGCUUGAUGAAUGUUUAGCAAUACUUGGCAUUGAGAAACUGAGCAUUGAGGAGGUCCACAGGAUUGAAUGGCAGUCGCUGGACGAGAAAAUGAAGAAAUGGAUUUAUGCUGUAAAAGUUCUGGUGAGAAUCCUUUUAUCUGCUGAAAAGAGCUUAUGUGAACAGAUUUUUGUAGGCUCAGAGUUGAUUAAAGAAGUGUGCUUUAUGGAAACUGCAAAGGGCUGUGUGAUGCAGCUGUUGAAUUUUGGAGAAGCUGUGGCGAUAGGGCGAAGGUCGUCUGAGAAGUUGUUUAGGAUUCUGGAUAUGUAUGAUGCCCUGGCAGAUGUUUUAUCUGACAUUGACCUGCUUUAUAACGAUGAAUCUGGUGAAAUGGUAUGUAGUGAGGCGAAAGGGGUGUUAGAUGGCCUAGGAGAAGCAGCUAUUGGGACAUUUGUGGAGUUUGAGAAUGCAGUUCAGCGGGAGGCUUCAAAGAAACCAACACAAGGAGGUGAAAUCCACCCAUUGACUCGUUAUGUUAUGAAUUAUGUGAAAUUGUUGGUUGAUUAUAGUGAUACAUUGAAUGGACUUUUAGAGAAGGUAGAGAGUGAAUGUGAACCUGACAGUUCCCGGAUUGAAAAUGGUGAUAAUUUGGAGUUUGAGAAUGUCCCACCACUUGCGAGGCGGUUGAUGUUACUGAUCAAGUCUUUGGAAGCUAAUCUUGAAGGGAAGUCGAGAAUGUAUGAAGAUAGCGGAAUGCAAUAUAUAUUUUUGAUGAAUAAUGUACAUUACAUAGUACAGAAAGUGAAAGAUUCGGAGCUUCAAAAACUUUUAGGUGAUCAGUGGGUCAGAAAGCGAAGGGGUCAAAUUCGACAACAUGCUACAGGCUAUCUUAGAGCUUCGUGGAGCAAGGUUCUAUCUUGUUUGAAGGAUGAAGGGCUUGGUGGAAGCUCAAGCAAUGCCUCAAAGACAGUCCUCAAGGAGAGGUUUAAGAACUUCAACUUAUGUUUUGAAGAAAUUUAUAGAAUCCAAACGGGUUGGAAGGUCCCAGAUGCUCAACUGCGCGAAGAACUGAGGAUUUCUAUUUCUGAAAAAGUGCUACCUGCCUAUCGGUCUUUUCUGGGGAGGUUUGGGGGUCAUUUAGAGAGUGGAAGAAAUGCUGGGAAGUACAUAAAGUAUACUCUAGAGGACUUAGAGGGUUACUUGUUGGAUCUAUUUGAAGGAACACCUCUUGUUUUGCACCAUAUGAAAAGAAAAGGCACGUAGAGUGCAGGUCUUUGGAGACAGGUAUGCCUCCUUUCUAAGGACUAGCAUGUCUAGAGUAUAGGCUGCAGAUGUUCUGUUUCUUUGUUGGCCUGAAUGUGUUAAAAGCAAUUUCAAUGAGACUGGCUAUACUCUUGUUCACCUACUGUAAUAACUUUGUGAGAUGUAUAUGUAUUAUAUGUGAGAUCUGGUGAUACAAUGGUCUAUGAUCGAGCUCUUCAGACCGUAAUUUCAUCAUAUGGAUAGAAUUUCAUCAUAUGGAUAGGAUACUUGGUAAGCUAAUCAUUAUAGUUUCCUCGUCCUGCUUAUGGUUUGCAAUUUACUGCUGACUUGUUGUA